AUGUCUGUCCCUUACAACCUCUUGACCAACGCCCCCAGUGGCCACAUCCCGGCCUCGCAGCGCGUCCCUGCCAUUGCACGACCGUUCCUCAGCGAGCGUGCGGCGAAGACGCUUGAUAUCGUCGAGAAGUUUGUCGAAGAAGAAUGCAUUCCCGCCGACCAGGUGUACCUCCGCCAGAUUGGCGAAACCACCAAAGAGCGCUUCUCGUCGCAUCCAGUCAUCAUCGAGGACAUGAAGAAGAGGGCACGGGAGCUGGGGCUGUGGAACAUGUUCUUGCCCAAGGCACAUUUCAAGGAGGGCGCUGGCUUCAGCAACCUCGAGUACGGCAUCAUGGCUGAGUACCUGGGCAAGAGCAGGAUAGCGUCUGAGGCCACCAACUGCGCUGCGCCAGACACCGGUAACAUGGAGGUGCUGGCCAAGUACGGCAGCGAGGCACAGAAGAGGAAGUGGCUUGACCCUCUGCUGAACGGCGAGAUUCGAUCGGCAUUUUUGAUGACAGAGCCUCAAGUGGCGUCGAGUGAUGCUACCAACAUCGAGAUGACGAUCAAGCGUGAUGGCGACCACUACGUCCUGAACGGCCAGAAAUGGUGGUCCUCAGGCAUCGGUGACCCUCGCUGCAAGAUCUUCAUCGUCUUGGGCAAGACAGACCCCAACAACGCCGACAAGUACAAGCAGCAGUCCGUCAUCCUCGUGUCCAGCGACACUCCCGGCGUCACCAUCCACCGCAUGCUUUCCGUCAUGGGCUUCGACGACGCCCCGCACGGUCACGGCCACGUCAGCUUCACAAACGUCCGCGUCCCCGCCUCCAACAUGGUUCUAGGCGAGGGCAAGGGCUUCGAGAUCAUCCAGGGCCGCCUGGGCCCGGGGCGCAUCCACCACGCCAUGCGCAGCAUCGGCUCCGCCGAGAAAGCCCUUGAGUGGAUGCUCGCGCGGCUCAACGACCCCCGCAAGAAGCCCUUUGGCGAGAUGCUGCACAAGCACGGCAUAAUGCUGGAACGCGUAGCACGGGCACGGAUCGAAAUCGACGCCGCGCGCCUCUCCGUGCUAAACGCAGCGAUAAAGAUCGACGAAUCCAACGCCAAAGGCGCGCUCAAAGAAAUCGCAGAAGUAAAGGUCCUCGUCCCCGAAGUCAACCUCAAAGUCAUCGACUGGGCGAUCCAAGCCUACGGCGGCGCGGGCGUCAGCCAGGACACGCCGCUCGCCAACAUGUACGCCAGCGGCCGCACGAUGCGCAUCGUCGACGGCCCCGACGAGGUGCACCUGCUGCAGCUGGGUCGCAACGAGAACAAGCGCGGACCUGCGCACAAGCAGCGCAUCGAGGCGCAGCAGAAGAAGGGCGAGGAGCUGUGCAGACAGUACGGCAUUGAGCCAAGGGAUCCGUUGUAUCUGAACCGCACGAGCGCAGAGGCUAGUAAGCUGUAA